UUUCUUGAUACAGAAGAAUGAAAGGUCUAUCUUUGAGUCUGUUUUUGUUUGCCAUACUGGGAUUCACUGUUACCAAGUUAGGGGCUAAUCCCUGCCCGCCUCCAGAAGAGACAUUUCCAUGCACGUGUGAGCCUGGGUCGACAGGUUACCCAGUAAUUCGCUGUAAUAAAUUAAAAAAUAUCACACAACUAGGGUGGAUAUCUACGAUCUCCAAGGGUCAAGCUGUAGAAAAACUGAUUGUUUCUAACUCUUCAUUGCUAAGCCCCAUUCCGGGUGAUAUUUUUAGAGGAAUUAUACUUUCGGCCUUGCGACUGGAGAGAACCAACGUGUCAAAGAUAGGAUCGGUGGAAAUCCCUGCAUUCCAAGGUCAGCAGGGUUCUAUAGUGGACAUUUUUAUCUUUGCAGUCGGUCGGGUGGUAAAUGUUACUUUCGCAAAUAUGCACAAGCUUGAGUAUUUCUCAAUGUCAGGAUGCACAGUUUCGCAUGUAGGACCUCACUGGUUUCUUGAAGGUCUAGAAAAUAUGAAGGAUCUCUCUCUUUAUGAUAAUGGUAUUGAGUCAGUUGGCAAUCAAGCCUUCUCAAAGCUGACUGGUUUAGAGUUUUUGGAUCUUUCCUACAAUCAAAUCAGAGAUGUCCAGAGACGGAUCCUCCCAUGGCCUGCCUCUAAUCUUUACUUUAUAGAAUUAAGCGACAACAAAAUUCAAUACCUACCAAACGACUUUUUCGCCGAAAUGCCAAAUUUGCGAGAAGUAUACCUGGCUGGGAACGAUAUUACCACGAUACCAGAAGCCACGUGGUCGAAGGUGUGGAAGAAACUGGUAGCGGUUUGGUUGGAAGGCAAUCCUUUGAUUUGUGACAAUAAGAUCGCUUGGAUUUACAAACGGGAUUUCCCCGAUGAUUUCUGGGGUGAGUGCACUGGUCCUGAAAGCCUAGAUGGAAAACAACUUCAAGAUCUUACCUUAAAGGACUUAGGAUACUAAGUAGUCCCAUUCAGGAUAUGUAUAGAACACUCGAGUCAGUGUUUCUACAGAGAUCAAGAAAUCAAACCUCAACAGAGUUUAAUUUUUUAUGGAUAUUAUCAUUAAAAUCUCCAUCUUGGAAAAUAGGUGGUAUUGUAAUUUCAACAGAAUUUUGCAUUAAUAUCCAAUAAAAAUAUAUUACCUAGUGA